AUGUUUAAUAUUAAUCCAUACAAAAAUAAAAAACCAGUUUCAUCAACUGGAAAUGGAGCAUCAAAAGAAAAGGAAAAGACAUUGACUAAAGAAAAAGAGAAAUCAUCUUCAUCAUCGUCAUCGUCUUCAUCAACAUCUAAAAAAUCAUCAUCAUCUUCGUCAUCAAAACAUAAACAUCAAAUGGAAGAGAUAAAGAUGAGUCCACAAACACCAAACUCUGGAAGAGUUUCAUCACACGACGCAGGUAGCCUAUCUUUGACAUCCAUGUCAGAGAUUACCAACUCGCUAUCAAAUACACACACUGCAACAGAUACAUCCAACAAUACAAACGACGAAGUCAGUGAGAUUGGCGAUGACUAUGACCCAUUCCUUUCGAUAUUGGAGGAACCAAUAGAAGGAGAGGGUGGUAUUGAAAAAGAGACCACAGAAGAGUUGCAAGAGAUGUUGGCGGUACUUAAAGGCGUUCAAAAUGAAUGCAACGUAUUGUUGCUGGGUCGUACAGGUGUAGGUAAAUCCAGCACUCUAAACACUGUCUUUGGUAUUGAUAUUCCAGUGCAUAGCAGCGAGAGUUGCACACAAGAACCAUUCACCUAUUCGCGUAACGUCAACGGAUUCAAACUCAACAUUAUAGAUACACCGGGUUUCUUGGACUCGCAAGGUGACGAAGUCGAUUCGGCCAACAUGUUAAAGAUCCAGCGUUAUCUCUCGGGCAAGACCAUCCACUGUGUGUUGUUUGUCGAGAAGUUUACAGAGACACGUUUCGAUGGUGCCCAUCAGCUCGUCAUCAACCAAUUCACAGAGAAACUCGGUCCACAGUUGUGGCGUAACGCUGCCGUUGUCCUCACCUAUGCCAACAGUCCCCUUCCCGACAGUUGCUACGACGGUUUCGAUGAAGAGGAUGAGAUUGGCCCAUGGCGCAAGCAUUUGGACGACCGUUCGAUCCAAUUCAAAAAAUUCUUUACACAUAUCCUCCAAUCGCUGCCACAAGACGAUGGAUACACACCCAAAAACAUAUCGGUCUAUGCCAUGGAAAAUAGUAGAAGAUGUCGUCGUAACGAACAGGGUCAACGUAUCCUCAUCGAUGGAACCCCAUGUCUUCAUCUUUUAAUUAGUGGUCUCUUGCGUAUGGUCGACCCAAAAACAGCUUUUUUGUUUAUGGGUCAUCUUCGCGCCAAGAAUAAACCAUCAAAGUCGCAUCGUGGCGAUCAACAAGAUCGUGAACGUGGUGUGUUUGACAAUCUGGCUGAAAUUUUAAAACUAUUCGUAGUACCUCCUUUUGAUCAACUCGGCAAGGGUACAGUUGCAAAGAUUUUGGAAAGUUGGGGUAGAAAAUUGGAUCGUUAUGGUAAUCUUCCAAAUUUAUUAAAAAUCUAA